AUGAAUCAAAGAGAAAAAAUUUUAAGUAAUAAAAGUUCGAACAAUACCUGUCCAUGUUUGUUAAGCCAAUCGACUGAAAAGGAGUCUGAUAAUCCCAAAUAUUUAGUUCAAAGAAUCAAUUUGACUAGUUCCAGACCUCCUUCAAUUCAAAGAAUCAAUUUAACUGGUUUUAGAUCUCCUUCAGCUUCUUCUCUACAAAAAUCCAAUUUAACUAGUUUUAGCCCUUCUCCUUUGGCUUUUUUGUCCCAAAAAAUUAAGUUAACCAGUUCCAAAUCCCUUUUAGCUUCUUCAAAUCAUUUAACUAGUUUCAGCUCUUCUCCUUCGGCUUCUUCGGCUAGUUCCAAACCCUUUUUAGCUUCUUCAACUCAGAAACCAUCCAUCAACCUAGAAAAAUUAGAAGCUAUAAGAGAAAAGUAUGAUAUUCAGCUACCAUCAAAAUAUGAAAAAGAUGUAGUGACAGAGGUAUUGGAAAAAAGGGAAGAAUACAGAAAAAAAACUCACAGCGAUGAGAAUAACUACCAGAAUUUAGCAAAAGAAUUAUCUGAUUUACAUAUGAAAUACAAUCAUUCUGAUAAUAAGCGAUUGAUAAAACGUCCUAAAUUUGAUAAAAAAUCAAAGAAGAAAGGAAAAAAACCAUUACAUCACGCUGAUGAUAAGGAUUAUGAAUCAUCAAAAAGUAGCAGCUCAACGGAAGAUCCUGAAGAAAUGAAAGCAAGCAAUGAGAUGAAGGUUAUACUAAAACAAUCAAGCCAAUUAACAAUAUCGACUACAAUAAGAUGUUCAAUAGUGAACGAAACAUUCAAAUCUGGAGCAAACUAA